AUGAACAUAUCAGUGGUAGCUCGAAAAGAAGAAAUUACAUCAUGUAAAAAAUCAAAAUCUGACAAGAAAAAUUCAAAAUCUCAGAGCGAAACAAUAAGAGAUGGGACAGUGGAGGGUGCAACAGAACUUAAAGUCAUCACAAAAACCUUUUUUCGUCAUAUAAUUUUUCAAAAUAUGAAAGAUCUUUUCGGGUUGAUGGUUGAUCGUUACUUAAAUUUACCACGUAUUGAGAUAAAAACUUUGGAGAUAUCAAAAGAUAUUAGAAACCAACACUUUUGA